CAGUUAGAUCCGGCUCCAGAAUAUAUAGCUUGGCGUCAGCAAAUGUGGGAUAAAUUAAAGAAGGAGUAUGACGAGUGGGUGGCCAAUCAAGCGCCGCAGUCCAUACAGAUAACUUUACCUAAUGGCAAGACUUUGGAAGGUUUGUCCUGGAGAACCACACCAUAUGAUUUCCACCGAGGAAGGACCCAGGGUCUAGCAGAUGAAAGUGUUAUUUCUAAGGUGAAUGGUGUAGUCUGGGAUCUUGAUCGUCCAUUUGAAAAAGAUGCUACAUUGCAAUUGUUAAAGUUUGAUGACCCAGAAGCUCGGGCAGUAUUUUGGCAUUCAAGCGCUCACAUAUUAGGAGAAGCGAUGGAACGUCAUUAUGGAGGACAUCUUUGCUAUGGUCCUCCCAUUGAGGAAGGAUUUUAUUACGAUAUGUUCCUUGAAGGGAGAUCAGUGACUCCUGCAGAUUAUCCAAAUUUGGAAACGUUAGUGCAGAAGAUUGUAAAGGAGAAGCAGCCAUUUGAGAGGUUGGAGAUGAAGAAGGAGGAUCUGCUUAAAAUGUUUGAGCACAACAAGUUUAAACAGAGGAUAAUCAAUGAGAAAGUUGAUACAUCAACUACUACUGUGUACAGAUGUGGACCCUUGAUUGAUUUAUGUAGAGGACCACAUGUUAGAAAUACAGGAAAGAUUAAGGCACUACAAGUCACCAAAAGUUCAUCAUCAUACUGGGAAGGAAAAGCUGAUGCAGAGACUCUGCAGAGAAUUUAUGGCAUCUCAUUCCCUGAUACAAAACAAAUGAAAGAGUGGCAGAAGAUUCAAGAGGAAGCUGCUAAACGGGAUCACAGAAAAAUUGGCAGGGAACAGGAAUUAUUUUUUUUUCAUGAGUUGAGUCCAGGGAGCUGUUUCUUCCUGCCAAGAGGCGCUCACGUUUAUAACUUACUCUGUGAUCUCAUUAAGAGUGAAUACAAAAAGAGAGGAUUUACCGAAGUUGUGUCACCUAACAUCUACAACAUUAAACUAUGGGAGACAUCAGGCCAUUGGCAGCAUUACGCUGAAAACAUGUUUGCUUUUGAAUCUGAAGGUGAAAAAUUUGCAUUAAAGCCCAUGAAUUGUCCUGGACAUUGUCUGAUGUUUGACCAUCGUCCUCGUUCUUGGAAAGAGCUUCCCGUUCGAUAUGCCGACUUUGGAGUUUUGCAUAGGAAUGAAUUGUCUGGUGCACUGUCUGGAUUAACGAGAGUGAGGAGGUUCCAACAAGAUGAUGCUCACAUUUUUUGCAGGCCUGAUCAGAUUAAACAGGAAAUGGCUGGUUGCCUGGAUUUUUUGAAGUGUAUAUAUAGUUACUUUGGAUUCAGCUUCCAAUUGAAGCUUUCAACAAGACCUGAAAAAUUUUUGGGAGAAGUGGCUGUCUGGGAUGAAGCUGAACAGCAACUGAAGGAAAGUUUGGACGAGUUUGGUGAAAAAUGGGAGUACAACCCAGGAGAUGGAGCUUUUUAUGGGCCCAAGAUUGAUAUAACAAUCAUGGAUGCCCUUAGAAGACCUCACCAGUGUGCCACCAUUCAACUUGACUUUCAACUACCACAGCGGUUCAAUCUUACGUUUGUUAGGUGGAAAAGUGAGAAAAAAAGACCUGUAAUCAUCCACAGAGCAAUUCUUGGUAGUGUUGAACGAAUGAUUGCUAUCUUGUGCGAAAAUUUUGCUGGAAAGUGGCCUUUUUGGUUGUCCCCUAGACAAGUGAUGGUAAUUCCUGUGGCUCCACCAUUUGAUGAAUAUGCCCUAAAGGUUCAAAAGACUUUGUUUGGUUGUGGUUUCCAGUGUGAUGCUGAUCUUGAUUCAGGAGACACUAUGAACAAAAAAAUAAGAAACGCCCAGCUGUCACAGUAUAAUUUUAUUAUAGUUGUUGGUGAAAAAGAGCAAACAAACGAAACUGUGAACAUAAGAACACGAGACAACAAAGUGCAUGGCGAGCACAAAUUGGACCAUGUUAUAGACAGGUUGAAUUUCUUCACCCAGUCCAAGCUUCUGGAUGCAGAAGAAAAAUUUUGA